CUUUUCUUUUGAUUCACUAUCAGAGGAAAAAAUGACAGAGCUUAAAAUACUCAUUUUGCUUGUGUUUGUACUUUCUCUUUUCAUGAAACCAACUUCAGUACUAUCCGCUUAUGAAGUUAGGUGCAUAGAGAGGGAGAGACAAGCUCUUCUUAAGUUUAAGCAAGGCCUUAUAUACGACUCUGACAUUCUCUCAUCGUGGGGAAGUGGAGAAGAUAAAAAGGAAUGUUGCAAAUGGGAACAUGUCGAGUGUAGCAACAAAACUGGUCACGUAAUCCGCCUUGAUAUGUUUUCUAUAUUGAGAGGAGGUAAGAUUAGUCCAGUGUUGGCUGAGUUGCGGCACUUGAAUUAUUUGGACUUCAGUUACAAUCAUUUGAGAGUCGAUAAUCUUGAGUGGCUCUCUCAUCUUUCUUUGUUAAAACAUCUUGGCUUGAGUGGCGUUAACCUUAACCAAACCAACUGGGUGCAGCCAAUUUCAAAGCUCUCUUUCCUUGAGGAACUGUACUUGUCGGGUUGUCAACUUGGCAAUACUCUGCCUGCUUUUGAUAUCUUUGCAAAUUCUUCUCCGUCCUCUCUUUCUGUCCUCGAUCUAUCCAAGAAUGAUCUCGCUUCCUUUUCCAUGAACCACUCGUUUUUAAACUUAAAAGAGUUGAGACUUAAUGACAAUCAGUUGAAUGAGUUUCACCCACAAAGCCUCGAGCAACCUUCAAGUCUUGAAUAUUUGGAUUUGUCUAACAAUAAGCUUGGGGGAUCCUUGCCGGACUUGAGAGCAUAUUCAUCAUUGCAACAAUUAGCUCUCUCCAAUAAUCAAUUUAAAAGGCUAGCCGAAGGUAUUUGGCAACUUUCCAAGCUAAAAAAAUUGGACCUCUCUUCAAAUUCUUUGGAAGGGACAAUCACAGAAGAACACCUCUCAAGCCUAGCCAACUUAGACUACCUAGAUUUGUCCUACAAUUCCCUAGCUUUGAAAUUGAGCUCUGAUUGGAUUCCUCCAUUUCAAAUGAGAACAUUAUACCUCAGAUUUUGCAAAGUGGGACCUGAUUUUCCAAAAUGGCUUCAAACUCAGGAAAGUCUUUCUGUCCUUGAUAUGUCUUUUGCUAGCAUAUCAGAUACAUUACCUACUUGGUUUUGGAAUUUCACUUCUUUGUCAAGCUUAAAUCUCUCUUAUAACCACAUUAGUGGAGAAAUUCCUGGUCAAUCCUCAAGCAAUGUUGGUUUUUCUUCACCUGUAGAUUUAAGUAGCAAUAAUUUUUCUGGUCCAAUUCCAAUAUUUCUUUUUCGUUCAAUAGAUAUACGACUAUCCAGAAAUAUGUUUUCGGGAUCCAUUUCUCACUUAUGCACAAUGUCCACUCCUUUUACUGCCGAGGUCCUUGAUCUCUCAGAUAAUCAAUUGACAGGAGGGCUUCCCGGUUGCUGGAUCUUCACAGGCUUUUUAGAACUUCUCAAUUUGGCAAAUAAUAAGUUCUCAGGUGAAAUCCCCCCAAGUUUGGGCUCUCAGAUUCGAUUAAAGAUGUUACAUUUGCGCAAUAAUAAUUUAAUUGGCGAACUACCUUCCUCUUUGAAGAACUGCAGCGACUUGCGCAUGCUUGAUGUGGGAGGAAACAAGUUAACAGGUACUAUUCCACAAUGGAUAGGAACUCACCUAACAAGUUUGACAGUUCUUAGCUUUCGAUUUAAUAAAUUUCAUGGAAACAUACAUCCAACAAUUUGCCACCUUACCGAUAUUCAAAUCUUGGACCUUUCAAGGAAUAAUAUAUCAGGGAAAAUUCCAGAAUGUUUCAACAAUUUCACUUCUUUUGUUCAAGAGGGUAAUUCAACUGAAAGCACUAGAUUUUAUGUAUAUCCUAAUGUCCAAAAUCACUUUGAGAGUGUACCUUACGUUGAUACUUAUGCUGACAAUGUUUUGGUCCAUUGGAAAGGACGAGAGUCAGAAUAUAGAAAACUAGGAAUUUUGAAAGGGAUUGAUCUUUCUAGCAAUAAGUUAGUUGGAACUAUUCCUCAUCACUUUGCUGAUAUGAGGGGUUUAGUUUUCUUGAACUUAUCAAGAAACCAUUUGACGGGCAAUAUCAUAUCAAGCAUUGGUCAAAUGGAGAGGUUGGAGUGGCUCGACUUGUCUAGAAACAAGCUUUCUGGGAAGAUCCCAAACAGCCUUGCAAAAUUACAUUUUCUCAGCGUUUUGGACUUAUCAAACAAUAAUUUGACGGGGAUGAUUCCAUUAGGCACUCAACUCCAGAGCUUCGACCCCUCUAUGUAUGCUGGGAAUAGCCAACUCUGUGGGCUUCCUCUGGCAGAGUGUCCUAGAGAAUCUCCUAACCCUGAUCAUGGACAUGGCAGCAAAAUUGAAGAAGACGAUGAUGAGUUUAUAAGUCGAGAGUUUUAUAUUUGCAUGGCUUUUGGUUUCAUUACUGGAUUCUGGUCAAUUCUUGUUCCUCUAUUUCUCAAGCAUUCAUGGAGACAAUCCUUUUUUAACUUCUGGAGCAACAUUGGAGAUUGGAUCUACGUGACAACAAUGGUCCAUACGGCACGAUUCAAGAGAAAAUUUCUGGCCUAGCCUAAUGUUUCAAUUGUCUGUGGAACCAAUUGGUGGCUGACUGGGAAAUGAAGUUGUUUCUACUCUAAUUAGCACCAGUGUCGUGUUUUAUAAAUAGUCGAAUAAAAUAAAAUAAAAUAAAAUUGCUAGAUCUCAAUUAACUAGCUUGGUUGUGAAUUGGUUACUUUGAUUAUCAAACUAAGGUAAUGUUUGAUUACA